AUGUCUAAUGAAAACACACUAGAUUUACAUUACGUACACGAAUGUUUUCAGAAGAGCUUAAAAGAGAAUGAUGACGUGGUAAUUGAUGCGUACAUAGAUGGAUACAAUGAAUUAGUAAAGUUCUUGAACCUCAUCGGGACAGUGUUUUCUUUUGUGAGUAGCGAUGUGAAAAGUAAAAUAAAGGUUCUGGAAAAGCUUAAAAGUGGAGACGAUGCCAUCUACUAUGAAUCGUUCAAGAAAAUGAUGAAGUAUGAAAAAGAGACCAGUUUGCACGAAAAGAAUGGUUUUGUCUCGGGAUCAAGGACGAUGCUGCGUUUGCAUAGAGGGCUUGAUUUCAUCCGCCUAUUUUUAAAACGUAUAAGUGAAACAGAAGAAGAUAUGAACACUUGCACUACAUGUCAGGGUUCCUAUAACGAGACCUUGGCUGAAUUCCAUCCAUGGUACAUUAGAAAAGCUGCAACACUUGCAAUGCAUGCCUUGCCUUCCAGACAAGAUUUAUUAAAAAAGAUCUUUGGCUCGGAAGAUGAAUUAACAGAGGCAAUGGCAGUUUUACCACAAACUCUACAAUCCUGUGACGAAGUAUACCAAAGAGUACAUCAACUAUAUACAGACUUUGAUUUUCACGGCUUGCCAUAG